AUGGGUCGUUCGGGUCUAGCGUCAUUCCGCGCUCGGAGUUAUGGAUUCUCCGGGAUGAGCGGAGAAGCCAAUCACAACCCGUUCCCAUUUGUAUGUCUGUUCAACGCGUCUUCUGGAGACACGGGCAUCGCGCGUCCAAGACUGCUGGAUCCAUCAACGAGAUAUUCCAUCUUACCGCCACGGAUGGAGCAGAACGAAGAAGUCAACCUGGAAGAGAUCGUGGAUGAAGAGACUAUUAAGCUUGGUGUCAACGCCACCCCUCAGUUUAUCGGCGCUUUGACUGAAAUGACGAGUCUCGAUGCCGCUCACUCGUUGCAUGGUGACUUUCGUCAUAUCUCGAUCACUGACCAGCCGCUGACUAAGGAUGAUGAACAGAGACGGGCCGAUCUGGAUAAGGAUAUGCUUGACCUUGGUUCCGGGCUAACGCUCGGAAUUUCCUAUUUAGGCAUGCCGGGCGCUCAACAGUCAAUGUCGCAGAUACUAAAGUACUAUGUGGCAGUGGGGGCAGAUGGUUGGCGAUUACCCAUCGCUACCACUCAGAAUUGCCUCGACCUUUGUUCUAGAAACCUUGCGCGCAGUGCUGCUGAUCUCCCUAGGCUGACAGGUGCUGGACACCAAUGGUUGGACAGCCUGGUUGUUCCGUUUCGUGUGACAGCUGCGGGACUUGAUAUUGCUCAGUGUCAUGCGUCGGAUUGCCGGGAAAUAUGA